AUGGGCUUGAUCAUUGUCCAGUCAUUUGUGAUUAUCCUUUCAAUACUACUUCGUUCGAAGAAAAGGCGAGUCUCGAGUGCUUGGUUGGAAAAAACCCAGUACGCAGUACACACUCGGCAGACGGUUAUUUCGGAGGAUGAGUUCGCGGUUCGAGAAGAGCGCCAGCGAGUCGUCCUACCAUCUCUUUUUUCAUCUCUGGUCCAGUUAGUUCAUACCACUCAAAGGCUGUGUCGAAAUUCAAAUUGCACAAAUACUUUCGCUGCAAGAACUCUGGGCCUGCUGACUGCAGCUCCGACGCCCGCUAUCGAUCGCCCCGACAUUGUU